UCGUUCGUCGGUUUGGUUCCUCGGUCGCAUAAGUAUUUCAGAAAUGGAAUGCAUCGUUGGUUAUUCGUCGGAUACUGAUUUUCCCAUUGAAAAUCUCCCUUAUGGAGUCUUCUCCACGGCCUCGAACCCAAGGAAAAGGCUCGGCGUCGCGAUAGGAGACAAGAUUUUGGACCUUUCGACAGUCAGCAAUCUUUUCAAUGGUCCUCGGCUCACGAAACACCAGCAUGUUUUCCAACAGGAUAAACUCAACGCCUUCAUGGCGCUCGGACACGAAUGUUGGAAAGAAGCCAGGGAACGACUUCAGGAUUUAUUGUCAAGGAAGGAUUCCGAGCUCCAAGGACAACAAGGUUGCUUUGUAGACCAGAAGGAUGCUACAAUGCAUCUGCCUGCAGAAAUUGGAGACUACACGGAUUUCUAUUCUUCAAUGUCACAUGCUUUUAAUGUUGGAUGUAUGUUUAGAAGCAAAGAAAAUGCUUUGAUGCCCAAUUGGAAACAUUUACCUGUAGGUUAUCACGGAAGGGCGAGUUCCGUUGUCGUUUCAGGAACUGAUCUUCACCGUCCACGAGGCCAAGUGUUCCCAGAAGGAAGCACAGCUCCACAGUUUAAACCCAGCGCUCUUCUAGAUUUAGAACUUGAAGUUGCCUUUUUUGUAGGUGGACCACCGACAAAGCUGGGCCACCCGGUGAAAAUAGACGAAGCCCAAGAUAGAAUUUUCGGUUUAGUUCUGAUGAAUGAUUGGAGCGCUAGGGACAUACAGAAAUGGGAAUAUGUUCCUCUUGGGCCAUUUUUAGCUAAAAGCUUUGGCACUACAAUUUCACCAUGGGUCGUGACAAUUGAAGCGUUGAAGCCUUUCAUGACCCAAAAUACUGUUCAGGAUCCUCAACCAUUACCAUAUCUUUGCCAUAGUGAUAAUUUUAAUUUUGAUAUUAAUUUAUCGGUUUCUUUAAAACCUGAAAAAACUGGUGUUAAAACAACUGUCUGCAAUUCAAAUUAUAAGUACAUGUACUGGACGCCGAAACAACAAUUAGCUCAUCACACUGUAACAGGAUGUAAUGUAAACCCUGGAGAUCUAAUGGCUUCUGGAACGAUCAGUGGGCCUGAAAAUAAUUCCUUCGGGUCGAUGCUUGAACUGAGCUGGAAAGGCACAAAAGAAGUUCAGUUGAAAGAUGGAACGACUCGAAAGUUUUUACAAGAUGGCGACGAAGUUAUUAUUGAAGGUUUUUGCCAAGGGGUAGGAUACAAAGUUGGCUUUGGCCAAUGCAGUGGAAAGGUUUUACCUGCUUUGUAAACUCUGGAUAAAUGAAUACUUUUUAAAAUAAAUUGUUCAAGCUUA